AUGACCGAUUCACCCCCAAUUCGAUUUCAGUCUAUUCCUGACAUACACAAUACACAAGGAAUUGAGCCUCAAUUUGAAGCUGUAACGCCACCAGAUCGAAACCCUAUUUCUUCAAAACCUUUCAAAUUUAUUUGUUCUCCUUCGAAAUUUCAAGUCACCUUUCUAUACACCCUUCUUAUCUACCCCAGCCUUCGAUUCCAGAUCAUCCUAAGUUCUUCUACAACAACGAUGUCGGAGAGCAAUAAUCAAAACAAACCCCCUUCUGCUCCGGUCAGUCUCGGAAUCUCUGCCCUCCAAAUCAACCAGGCCCGGGAGAUGGUCUCGCUUCACACAAGAAACAGAAACCCAAAUCUUCUGACCACCAGCUCCGAUCUCCAUGCCCGGAUUGCCUCGCAGAAAACUCCAGCAGCUGGAUUACGGUCAACGGAAGGCACUGGCCAAAAUCUGGCUCAAAAAGGAGUGUUUUCGGCUCCAAAAAGCCAUUUCAGUGCACAACUGAACUUUCCCUCAAAAGUCUCGGUUCCGGCAAGAAACCAUUCGGGAGAAUGUAGAAAUCCACAAUGUGACGGCUGUGGUACUGUGAUUAUUCCGCUGCCCAAGGCGAGCUUCCCCUUUGAGGAGAAACCGUCGAUUACUGUUAAUGAAUGGAGCAUCUACACCCAUAAGGGUCCUAUCUGUCUGUCCGACGAACUAGAUCACUUGAAUGACACCCGCUAUGACUUUCCGCUUCCAGAAAUGAUUUUCGGUGGAAAUAAGGUGCGUCUUGUGCAUGAUCCAUCCGGAUCUGUUGUAGAAUUCAAUACUUUAGAUGCAUUGGACUCUUUGGCACCCAAAGCAGACUUUAAAGUUGCGUACUAUAAGGAGUGGCUCAGCACAAGGCCCAAGGCCAUGGAUGACGCGGAAUUGACCUCGCUGGAUGAUGUGGCAGACCAGCGCCUGGGUCCAGAUUUGGAACUGGUCAAGCCAUACGACUGGACAUACUCUACAAACUAUAGAGGAACUCUCGUACAGGGCAAUGCUCGCGCUACUGAUGAAGAGAUUCCAAUGGACCGGUUGCUCCGCCAGGAUCCCAUUUUGUUUUACGAUGAAUCUGUAUUGUUUGAGGACGAGCUAGGUGAUAACGGAAUAGCCAUUUUGUCUACGAAGAUCCGUGUCAUGCACACAUGUCUUCUCUUGCUCUGUCGCUUUUUUAUGCGUGUGGAUGAUGUGGCCUUCCGGAUCAGAGAUACUCGUGUGUUCAUUGACUUGGAGACAAAUAAGGUGUUGAGAGAGUACAAAGUGCAGCAGUCCCUGUUUGAGGAUGUGCUCAAGAAAAUCAGCGGCCGUACAUCGGAUCCGAAGAAGCUUUUUCGGGAUUCAAAUUGGGUAGCACAGAAUAUCCCGGUUCUUAGUCGCGAGGUAGAGAUCAUCGAUCUCGAACAGAAAUAG